AUGGACGCCGAGUCCACACGCAGCAAGUCCUGCUCAGAUAAGCUUGCGCUACGGCAAGUCUCCUCCUUGCUCUCCUGUGAGACCAGUCGCCUCAUUGCUCCCACCGAAAACGCCUAUCUGGCAGGUCUGAUUCUCCCCGAGGACGAAAUCAGUCACGUUGGCUGUAACCGCUCUUUUGGGGUGAAUGGCCGAAUGCGAGCUUUGGUUGGGCGAUAUUGGCCUAGAGAGACAAAAUUGAAAGAAAACACACCAGGGUAUCAAUUCCGGCCGUUCCAAGUUCUUUCGGUGCCGAAAGAAGAGAUAGCAGCGCUUUGGCCUUUUGCGAAGCCGAAAUUUGAGCCUUGUCCUGCAAUUACUUUGGGGCAGGAAGGAGACCCUUCGACGUCUGGUGCAAAACACAAGAAGGUUAGGCCAGGGAAUGUGAGCGCUGUUUGGAUAUUGGCUCCCUCAUAUAAUUAUCCAUCAGCAAUGGCCAUGGACACCGGUAGCAAGUCAGUGCCAACUCUUUGCCGUUCCAAAACCGGCUUGUGUGAGACCAUCAUCAACGGAGUAAAGCAAGGAAACCGGGCAUCCUCACCCGGUGCCCGUGGGGCUUCGUCUUUAUCCCGAGCUAAGCUUUGGGCUCUUUUUCGCGAAAUUGCGCCUGUCUCAGUUCCACGCAACUAUCAAAACGAUGUUCUCUCAUCCGGACCGCUGUCGGGUGCUUCAGAGACUGAAGUUCCGCAUGUCGACACAGUUCAGCCCCAGAGACCAGAUAUAACCACCUACCAAGAUUUCAAAAAUCCUACUUGCUUGAAGGACCCGUUGCAAAUCCGUAUGCAGGCCAUCGGCGAUGCAAAAAUGGUUCUCAAGGGAUGGAUAGCCAAUGCAGGAGAUGAAUCGUGGGGCUUAAAUGUUUUAGUUGACCCCAAAAAGCGAAAGCGUUGA